UCCUCUGCACACACCACCUCCCCACUGCCCUCCUGCAACACUUGUGAAGUUCUUACACAUUUUCCUGGAGUUGUCCCUCACACAAAGGUUUUUAAUCGCAGCUGACAUAACUGAGGAUCCGUGUCGUUUUCAGAGUUGUGGAAACAUGACGGGCUGCGUGCCGUUGGUAUUCUGUGUAGCAGCCCUGACUGCAUGGAGAGUCACUGCAGAUGCCAAGGAGUUAUCCAUCACCACUAUAAAGGAAGAGCCGUACACCAUGAGCCGCGGCUCUGAGCUGGAGGGCUACUGCAUCGAUCUGAUCUCUGAGCUCUCCAGGGAGCUGGGCUUCCAGUACAAACUGAACCUGGUGAAGGAUAACCGCUACGGAGCCGUGGACUCCAGCGGCACCUGGACCGGCAUGAUAGGUGAAAUCAUCAGAGGGGAGGCCGACCUGGCGGUGGCUCCGCUGACCCUCACUGCAGUCAGAGAGAUGUUUGUGGACAUGAGCACCCCCUUCAUGCAGACGGGAAUCAGCUUCAUCAUGCGCAGAGACUCGGCCUCCGAAGAGAGCGGCUUCAGUCUGCUGUCGCCAUUCUCCACCGACAUGUGGGUCGGCAUCCUCAUCGCCUUCCUGCUGACAGGUCUCUGCAUAUUCCUGGUGGGCAGGAUCAGUCCCACUGAAUGGGCUGAGCCUGACACAGAGGAGCACAGCUUCACAUUGCUGCACAGCUUCUGGUACAUCACAGGAGCUCUCACCCUGCAAGGUGCUGGUCCUCACCCCAAAGCUCUGUCUGGACGUCUAGUCAGCGCCAUCUGGUGGAUGUUUGCUGUACUGCUUCUGGCCUGCUACUUUGGCAACUUCAACUCCAUGUUGCACUCCAACAACAAACACGUCUCCAUCAAGACUUUCGAGGACCUCGCGAACCAGGACGUGAUGGACUAUGGCACCGUCGAGGCUGGAUCCACCAUGUCUUUUUUUAAGAAUUCCAAGAACCCCGUAUACCGGCGCAUCUACCAGCACAUGGAGCGCAAGAAGAGCUACGUGUCCAGCAUGGAGGAGGGCGUUCGCCUAGCUGAGGAAGGAAACUUUGCCUUCAUCGGUGAGGCCGUGUCCUUGGACUUGGCGGUGGCUCGCCACUGUCAGCUGAGCCGCUCAGAGGAGGCCAUCGCUAUGAGAGCCUACAGCAUCGCGGCACCUCUGGGCUCCCCGCUGGUCAAAAACCUGACCCUGGCCAUCCUCAAGCUCAGUGAGUCCGGUGAGCUAACAUAUCUGCGGCAGAAGUGGUGGGCCAGUAGCUGCGCAGCUGCCGGCAAUGCCCACACCUCCGAGGCCCUGCGGCCUCACGAUCUGCACGGCCUCUUCCUCCUCCUGGGCCUGGGACUUGGCGUCGGGCUCCUGCUGGCCCUGCUGGAGCUUGUAUCCAGGGCCCGCAACCAAGCUAAGGAUGGCAAGAAAUCGUGCUGCUCGGUGUUCACAUCAGAGCUAAACCGGCGAUUUGGCAGCAAGGGGAAGAGUGAAGAGCAAGAGGACUCAGACAAAGGCAAAGCCUGAAGGAAAAGUUUACAUGUUAGCUUUUGAUACAGUAGAUAGUGUCAGAUGUGUCCUGUUCCAUCAAACACACUAACUUUCUCUGUUGCCAUUGUAACAGCUAUGUGCUGUGUGGUCCUGUCAGUGUGUUUUGUACUCUCCUCCAGAAAAGCUUGUUGACCACAUGGGACCACUUAACUAGCAGCUACUGUACAGUGUAUUAGAACAAACCAAGAGACUUAGAGCUUCAAAGUGCAAAUACUAAUCACUGAUUUGUUCAUAGUGUCGUUGCAUGUUAUCAGAUAUCCACAUCCCAUUGCCCUACUUACUUCUUCUUGUUGAACUAUAAUGGUUUCAUAACAAGCUUAUAUUUGCUUGUAUGUUCUAAAUAAAUCACACAAUACACAGAA